UAGCAUGUUGUAUCUACAAGCUGUUAAAUCUGCUGAGAUCUUUCUGUCUUUAGGUGAAAACCACAGGAAGAGUGCUUGUUCGCUUCGUGUUUUCUUACUCAGCAUGGAUUUUUUUUUCAUUCCUUCAAACUGUCAUCCUCCUCCUCAUUCUCCUCCUCUUCCUCCUCUGAUCAGCUUAUAAACCCAGUGUUGACGGUCACAUCCACAUCAUUCAUACAUCUCACACAUCAGCACAAUCAUCAUCUCCAUCAGCAGCCAUGUCAUCCUCUAUGGUCCUGCUACUUCUGCUGGGUCUUUCCUGCCUUCAGAGCUUCACAAAGGCACAGAGUGCAAGUGGAGCAGAUUUGUGCUGUUUCAAGUUCCACAAAAGACCGUUCCCUGCAGGAAACGUUGUUUCUUACGAAGAAACAAGACCUGACUGUACACUUCCUGGUGUCAUUUUUACCACAAAGAAGGGUCGUCACAUAUGUGCAGACCCUGAGGUGGACUGGGUGCAGAAGGUCAUCAAAAUUAAAAACUCAGCCUAGAUUCAGGAGACAAAUUAAAGCGUCUCUCCCUGAAAUUAGCUUUACUUUGUAGAAUGCUUCAUUUUACCUACACAGUACUUAAAGCAAUCUGAUAUUGUGUGUAACAAGACAAAGCUUCUUCUUCAGUCUGUUUUAUCUUCUGCACAAAUAAAGCACACAUUUAUAACGCA